AUGCCCCUGAUACGACCGGGCGGCGGCGCCCUGGGCUGGGCAGCGACGGCGGCCGCACGAAGUCGGCAUGGACAUCUCGGACGCUUCCAGCGGUCCUACUCGGCCAGAGCCUCAGAGCCGCUGCGAAUCCUCUUUUGCGGCUCCGACGCGUUCAGCUGCGAGUCGCUCCGCGCCCUGGACCACGUCCGCCGCAGCGAGCCCCGGCUCGUCAAGUCGAUCGACGUCGUCACUCGGCCGCCGAAGCGGACCGGGAGGGGAUUGAAGGUCAUUAGGCAUGCCCCAAUAGAAACGCUGGCAACGGACCUGCAGCUGCCCGUGCACCCGUUAGACAAUUUCCGCGGGUGGGAGCUUCCCCUUGUGGAAGGCGAGGCCAUCAACCUGAUAAUCGCCGUGUCCUUUGGUCUUUUUAUCCCUUCAAGGAUACUCAAAGCUGUCAAGUACGGCGGGCUGAAUCUUCACCCUUCCUUUCUUCCCGACCUCCGCGGCUCGGCCCCCAUCCAAUGGGCUAUAAUGCUCGACCGCCGACACACCGGCGUGACCCUGCAGACCCUCGACGACAAGGCCUUCGACAGGGGCCUGAUCCUCGCCCAGACCCCACGGCCAGGCAUCCCCAUCGCGCCCGACGCCACCACGGCCGACCUGACGGCGCAGCUGGCGGCCCCGUCCGCGACCAUGCUGGUCGCCGGCCUCCGCGCGGGCCUGCACGUCCCGCCGCUGUCGCCCCUGUCCGGCGACGCGCACGCCUCCCGACCGGACUUUCACGCCCGCAAGCUGACAAAGCAGGACGCCGAGCUGCGGUGGGACGAGCUGCUGGCCCGGCGCUGGAGCUGCGACGACGUGGGCCGCCGCCACAGGGCCCUGGGCCCGCUGUGGGGUAGGACCGCGUCGUUGGUGCCGCCGUCGGCUGCGUCCAGCGGUCUGCCGCAGCAGCAGCAACAGCAACAGCAACAGCACAAGAAGAAACGCAACGUGCCAACCGAACCCCAGCGCGUCAUCCUGGAAGGCAUCUCGCCGUUGCCCGACGGCCACUUCUCCGAAGCAGACGAGGCUCGUAUCUGCGAGGCUGUGCAGCGGGUGGUGUCGGGCGAGCCGUCUGUAAGCGACGAGAAGCAACCGCCAUGUCGCCAGCUACCCCUCAGCCUGCUCGCGGUCGAAUGGGAGAUGGAGCCGCGACAGGAGCGAGGCGACACGGCACGGCGCUACAAGACGUACUGGAUUCCCGAAAACCCCGACAAAAGCAACGGGCGGGCAGUCUGUGUCUUGGUGGGCCUGCAAAAAGACGACGCGUCUGGCCCUCUGGUCGAUUAUGCGCCAUGCAGGCUUGGCGUCGAGUCGAUGAAGAUGGAAGGUCAGCCCUCGAGGCCGGCGUUGGAGCUGGUCAGAUAUCUCGGCUCUCGGGGUCCGCUGCCGUUGGCUACAGCGCCGACCAACUAA